UCUCCCUAUCCCUAUGAUUGGCAACGCCUUAUCUCGAUGCCGAUCUCAAGGAUUCCCUCCGUUUCUGAGGGCGCAUCCCUAAGAUUGUCGUCGCCUUUUGGCUUGUUAAUCUUAGGGGCAGGGAUACGUUCGAGGCUGUCUAUGUACGGAGGAGCCCAGCGCCCUCCGGCGCCUCCUGCGCAGAAGGAGCCCGGCGAUCGGCCAUGGCCCCCGCGCGCGGCGCCCUCCUCGGCGCGCUGCUCCUCGCGAGCGCCGCCGCCCUGCAGCCCGUGGGCGACGCAGUGGGCGACGAGGCGCCGGCGCUGGAGAAGGAGGAGUGGCCGCGCCGGAGGGCCCGCAAGGAGGCCAGGCAACGGCUCGACCAGAUGCCCUUCGAGGACUUGCGUCGAUUCGGGCGCGUCAUGGAGAUGGACGACGACCUGCAGCUCCGAGAUGGGCCUCCUCCCGCCGCGGGCUGCUACAUGAGGAUGUCUUCGGGAUGCCCCAGGCAGCCGAUGAGGACGCAGGCGUGGCGGCGUGACCAGCUUGCGAGCGAUCGCGGCCUGGACGACGAGGGCUGCCGCAGGCGCAAGGAGGUCUGGGACAGGUACUGCGGGUCGGAGGACGCGGAGAUGUUGUACGUGGGCGGCCAGGCGAGUUCCAAGACAAUCAGCACCCUUCAGGUCGACGCCGUGUGGUGGCCCUGGGGCAAGAAGCACGAGAGCACGAAGUUGGACGAAGAGGCGCCGGCGGUCCCAGCUGGCAAACCGGACCGCACGGAGGACGAGAGCAAGAAUGACGAGGAGAACGAGGGCGAGGAGAAGCAGAACCGGAUCAUCAACGGGUACCCGUCGCGUCCCGGGUGCUAUUUCCGCCAGCCUUCAAAGUGCCCCGCAAAGCCACAAUUUACGUCAAUGUGGAGGCACGACACCUGGGCCGAGGAGAACGGACUCGACGAGGCGGGGUGCAAGGACCGUAAGGGCUACUGGGACAGAUACUGCGAGUCCAAUGACACCAAGAUAGUGCACAUCGGGGCCGAUCUCGGCAUCAUCAAUGAGACCUCAUCGCAGGAAGCGCAGGCCGCCGUGGCGACGGAGCAGGAGCCCGGCGCCAGCGCUCAGAAGAUUAUUGCCCAGGAUGCCUCCGACGCCUUCGUCGGUACCCCCACGUCGCCCGGAUGCUACAUGCGCAUGUCCUCGGGGUGCCCCGGCAAGCCAAUGGAGACGCACGCGUGGAGGCUCGACUCGUGGGCCGAAGCGCACGACCUCGACCAAGCAGACUGCGAAGCGCGCAAGUACGUCUGGGACAGGUACUGUGAGACUGACGACGCGAAGGUGCUCUUCGUCCCGAAGUUGCCGAAUCCGUGACGCAGUUCACAUAGAUGUGUAUUGUUGGCUUUCCCUCGUUUGGAGGGUGGUCGGGACGGCAGACAAACUCAUCUUCGACAUAUGAUGAUCAUUUACUGUUCUCACGGAAUCGCUCCCUGACCUUUACGCGCUUUUGUCGCUAGGUUUGGCCUAGAGUAUUUCCAGAUCAUCCCGUGUGUGUGCCGAGUUCAGG